AUGACUGAAGAAAACUACACCCGCAUCACAGAGUUCAUUUUCAUAGGCUUAAAGUACCACCCGCGUCUGCAAGUUUUCCUCUUCUUGCUCUUUUUGUUCUUUUACCUGGUUACUAUGACAGGAAACCUGGGCAUGAUUAUUCUCAUUCGUAUUGAUUCCCGUCUUCAUACUCCCAUGUACUUUUUCCUCAGUCACCUGUCCUUUGUAGACAUCUGCUUUUCAUCAGUCGUUGGCCCCAAGAUGCUCACCGACUUCUUUGUGGAAAGGAAAGUCAUCUCUUUCCUGGGAUGUGCCUUGCAGCAGUGGUUCUUUGGGUUCUUUGUGGCCAUUGAGUGCCUUCUCUUGGCAUCCAUGGCCUACGAUCACUAUGUGGCCAUCUGCAACCCAUUGUUGUAUUCUGUUGUCAUGUCCUGGAGACUCUGUGUACAGUUGCUGAUUGGACCCUAUGCUGUUGGAUUUCUCAACACCAUGACUCACACAACAGCUGCUUUUCGACUACCCUUUUGUGGCUCCAACAUUAUCAAUCAUUUCUUCUGUGACAUGUCUCCUCUUCUUUCUCUUGUGUGUGCUGAUAUAUGGAUCAAUAAGUUGCUUGUCUUCAUUGUGGCUGGAGCUGUACUAGUCGUCAGUAGCCUGACCAUUAUCAUCUCCUAUUUUUACAUCCUUCUCACCAUCCUAAGGAUCCGCUCUACCGAUGGGAGGCGCAAAGCCUUUUCCACCUGCUCUUCCCACCUAACAGCCAUUUCCAUCUUGUAUGGCACUCUCUUCUUUAUCUAUGUGCGGCCGGGUGCAAUUUUUUCCCUGGAUCUCAAUAAAAUGGUGUCGGUGUUCUACACAGCUGUGAUCCCCAUGCUGAAUCCUCUCAUCUACAGCUUGAGAAAUAAAGAAGUGAAGGAUGCUAUGCUCAGGACGGUCACCAGGAGGAAGUUUUGCAUCAAAAUGUAG